CCAAAAACCAGGAAGCGAGCUCGUCUCCCGAGAGACAACACCUCAACCGUCCGCAGCGGGCGUGUCCGUCGAACCAGGCGCAGACACAAAAGUCAGACGAAAUGUCAUCCGGUUCAGGAGAGAACCCUCCGUCUGCGUUGCCCUCGCAACCAGCACCAGGCCAGAGUGCCAGCCCCAACCUCACGGUCGCAAACACGACCACAAGUGGCAGCGAGCUGACCAACACCGCAAUCACCACGAUGAGCCCAUCCAUUCCCCAACAACCAACUGUCCCCCAUACAACCGCCUUCGCACCCAUCACUCCAGCACCCGCAACCCCUGCUGCCGCAUCUACCCCCUCUACCAACCCAGCAACGGCACAGUCCGCAAGCACUCCCACCCCCACAUCCAUGACUUCGAACACCGCCCAGCGCGUAACGCCAAGCAGCAGCGGAUGCCCCACCGAAAAAGACAAGUACAUGAAGAUCUCGGUGCACACGGCCAAGUGCUCCGUCUGUGACAAGCGCAACGGCACGACCGAGAUGCUACGUUGUCCGUUGUGCAGCUGGGAGAUCUGCCAUCCGUGCCAGCAAAUCCGUGAGCGGGACGGUAACAACCCCAUCGGCCAUGGCAAGGUGGGUGUGAGUGGUGUGACGCGUAGGAUUACAUUUAGCAGGACGCCAAUCAAGAAGGCUGGCGGUGGACAGGCUAAGAUUCCAGCUUCGUCUCCUCUCGCGUCUGCUGCUGCGUAUCCCAAUGCGGCAACGGGAAAGGAAGGCACGCCACACGUGACCAAACAUUCGAAGAAAAAUGCGCAGCCCGAAGGCGGUAAGGACGUCGCUGGAAACGGCAAGAAGCGUAUGGCAGCUGUCGACGAACCAGCGCCGUCCUCUUCUCCGAGCACGGGCGAAUCGCGUAACGUGCGCAUUGCGGCUACUAACAAAAAGGCUGCUGGUGUCAACGCUGCCACCAAUCUAUCCUCCGACACCGACUCCGAGGUCGAUUACAUGCCCAAGGACCUCGUCUUGCCUGGAUCGCCUGCCAUGUCCAACAAGCGUCUCAAAGUAGACACGGCGGCUUCUUCGCGUUCCAAGCGCAUGGGUGGAGUCCUCCAGCUGAGCGAGGCGGCCCUCCAAGCAGACCGCGCAGCACCGGCAGCUCACGCAAAUCCGUAUCUCCUCAACCCGGCCAAUAAUGCGUACCAGUCUGUUGCUGAAGAUCGAAGGAAGGUGAGGGAGCACUAUGGUCCCUUGCUGGAUGGCUAUUCCAACGAGGGACAUCUACUGGCACGCCGCAUGCCCGUCAUGUCCAACCCCACGGACGCCGACCGGCUGAUCGAGGACGGACAGCGAUUCCAGACUAUCCGCGAGUUUGUCUUCGAAAAAGUUCGGAAUAAAGGCAUUACGUUGACUCAAGAACAGGGUGGCUAUCUGCUCUACCCUGUCUGCAAGUUCCUCGAGAAUGCUGUAAGCCCUCCCAACUCCAACGUGAGGAUCGAGAACCUUCCGACUCUGAUCCUGGGUCAAAAGGAGAAGGACGAGCUUACCGUCCUUGUCAUUGCCGAGUUGAAGGACAUAGUAUUUCCUUGA